GAACGACUACUACAGGAAGGGCGGCAAGGCCAUGCUACCGGUCAAGUGGAUGCCGCCUGAAGCAUUCUUGGACGGCAUCUUUACUUCUAAAACUGAUGUGUGGUCAUUUGGGGUGCUACUGUGGGAGGUGAUGUCGUUGGGGUACAUGCCGUACCCAGGCCGGGGUAACCAGGAGGUGAUGCAGCUGGUGACCAAUGGCGGUCGUCUGGAGCCGCCCACCAACUGCCCUGGACCCGUCUACAGGGUCAUGACCCAGUGUUGGCACCCUAUACCUGAUGAGCGCCCGGCCUUCACCACCAUCCUCGAGAGACUCGGCUACUGUAUACAGGACCCGGAUGUAGUGAGUCACGUGCUGCCGGUGUUCCAACGGCCGCCAUCUGCAGAGAGAGACGCGACGGUGAUGAGACCGCUCGACAACGAUGCCUGUCUCACCGUCACCAGACGGACAGACGAGCCUCAGAGCCCCGCCUCAACCGACUACCUUAUACCUCUCCCGUCUUCGUACUCUCUGUCUACUGUCCGCUCCGAGCUCAACUCCACGCCGUCACUCGACUCCGGGACGGAUUGCUGCCAGAUGGAACGGCUGUUGGAUGCCGCCCCGCCGCCGCCUCCGCCACCCACCUGGGAGACCAGCUUUACCAACGAGGCUCCGCCGGUUGUCACACACCAGCGCACGAAGUCAGUUCCGCCGCCCACCACCAUGGCCACACGCACGCCCUCGCACAGCACGCCCGCGCGGAUGGCAGAGUCUCAGUCCACGCAGCCGUUGUUGAAGUCCUCGCCGCCGGUGUCCCCGCGCACACAAGAGGCCAGGGAACGGCUCAUGCGGCCGGGCGAGAGACCCGAACCACCUCCCAUAAUUCCCCUCCAGUCAGUGGGCUCCACGCGGGAACGCCCGCGGUCUCAACACUACCACCCGCACCGCUACAACAACAGCGGGAGCAGCAACAACAGCAGCAGUAGCAACAACAGCAGUGUCAGUAACAGCAGCAACACCGCCAACAGUCACAGUAGCGCCAGUACCCUGCCGCUGGAUCCUGCCACCCUGCCGUGCAUCCCACCGCCCCUGCAGUACGUCAACGUCCAGGUACGAGGCUCAGAGUACGACCAUGAGCCGUACAUCAUCCAUGAAACGCGAGAACAUCGCGAAAUAUCGUGCUAAAGUUCAACCGUUGGACACAUGCGUCUAGACUUUCAAACUGCAGCAGCUGCUGCUGCUUCUGCCAUGUUGCAAGCUAGCAAUGUGUGUUGCCUUGGCCUCUCCCUCGGUGGGUGGCGGCGUAGGGCAGGGCAGUGCGGGGAGUGAUCUCCUCCGACCUCCCGCCCUUCAGGUCAAGGUACCUCACGUCUUCACAUGAAAUGAUUUCACUUCAGGAAACGGACACUGACUGUGUGUCAGCGUGCUCCUGUAGAGCGGUGCUGAGUGGUCGUGUGGCCCUGUGUGUCGGACAGCGGGUGCCAGGCACUGUGGGUCUCCAGUGCCAUUAACAGUUACAGGUGAAACUGAACUGCCACCACCAACGAAAAAUGAUCUUUCAUUGUGCAUAUAUGACACGAUCUAAGGUUAUCACAGUGCCAAAUAUAAGACAAACAGUAUUAAAUACUUGUGAAAUAAAGAGCAUUAUUUUAUAACAUGUCAAGAGGUAAAUAAGAGAUGCCAGGUGGCAUCUUGUUGAGGGUUGUAUGCUGGAGGAAGAAUUGGGGAUGCCAGUUUACAGACACUUACGUAGCAAGUGAAAUUGUGUAUUAUAUAUACAUAUAUAAUAUAUAUGACAUUGA